CGAGGCGGGAUGCUCUCCUCCUGCCUCUGAGGCGAAAGCAGCCGGAGCUUCGGAAGAAAUACUUCUGGUAGAAAAUAUAUACAAACGGAGAACAAAACAUGAACCUUGCACUCUACCGCGUUUAUUUUUUGUGCUUUAAUUGGUGGAGUGAAAUAAAGUAAUUAUAUUUUGCACUCGGUUGUUGUUAAGGGCGGUGUGCUGCCGUGUACUACUACUAGUAGUAGCACUAGCUAGUAGUGUAGCCCGUCGGAUAUAUUCCGUAAAGCAAGUCGCGUUGGCUGGAGUUCUUAAACCGCCCCCUCAUCCUCUUGAACCUGUUUUUCAUCAUCCGCCCCGCACGUUCUACACAUCCACCUUCUUGCUUGGACUUCCUUAAUUGAGAAGAGGAGGAAGAACUACUGCAAGCAAGGACGACGUCGUGGGUGCUUUUUAAAAAAGUGCACCGGAUUUAACAGUGAGUUGGGAUUUUAUUUUGUGAAUCAUGAGAAGAAGUGCUGAUCCUGCGGGAGCUGGGCUCGCGGACUUCCUGCUGAAGAAGUGGACGCCGCUGCUGGCUCUCUGGCUGCUCGCGCGCGUCCACGCGGCGGCGGCGCAAGUGGAUGAUGACUUUUUGGCAUUAGGGGAACUUCCUGAGACAUUCCCCUCUGACCCCCCGGAACCCCUCCCACAUUUCCUGGUGGAACCCGAGGAGGCCUACAUUGUGAAGAACAAGCCUGUAAAUCUGUACUGCAAGGCCACUCCUGCCACGCAGAUCUACUUCAAGUGCAACAGCGAAUGGGUUCAUCAGAAGGAACAUACUGUGGAAGAGCGGGUGGACGAGACCUCAGGGCUUCUGGUGCGGGAGGCAAGCAUCGAGAUCUCCAGGCAGCAGGUGGAGGAGCUUUUUGGCCCAGAGGACUUCUGGUGCCAGUGUGUGGCCUGGAGCUCAGCUGGAACCACAAAGAGCCGAAAGGCACAUGUCCGCAUUGCUUAUCUUAAGAAAACCUUUGACCAGGAGCCACUGGGAAAGGAAGUGUCUCUGGAACAGGAAGUGCUUUUACAGUGCCGCCCACCUGAGGGAAUACCUGCAGCUGAGGUGGAGUGGCUAAAGAACGAGGAGCUCAUUGAUCCAGCAGACGAUCGGAAUUUCUAUAUCACAAUUGAUCACAACCUGAUCAUCAAGCAGGCUCGUCUGUCAGACACAGCCAACUACACAUGCGUGGCCAAGAAUAUUGUGGCUAGAAGGAGGAGUACCACAGCUACUGUUAUUGUCUAUGUGAAUGGUGGAUGGUCCACCUGGACUGAAUGGUCAGUGUGUAGCAGCCGCUGUGGACGUGGGUACCAGAAGCGCACACGUAGCUGCACCAACCCUGCCCCCUUGAAUGGGGGGGCCAUCUGUGAUGGCCAAGCUGUCCAGAAGCUAGCCUGUACCUCCCUUUGUGCAGUGGAUGGCCUGUGGACAGAGUGGAGUAAGUGGUCUACCUGUGGCACAGAAUGUACUCACUGGCGGAGGAGGGAAUGCAGUGCCCCCGCACCCAAGAACGGGGGCAAAGACUGCGAGGGCGUGCUGCUGCAGGCCCAAAAUUGCACCGACGGACUGUGCAUGCAGAGUUCAUUUUAUCAGAUGUCCACUGAGCCUAAAGCCAAGAGUGAUAUUGGACUUCCAUCUGCCCCCAGCACAGACGACAUGGCACUCUACGUGGGCAUUGUCAUUGCUGUCAUCAUGUGCCUCGUCAUUUCUGUCAUUGUGGCACUCUUUGUGUACCGCAAGACCCACCGUGACUUUGACUCCAACAUCGACUCUUCUGCCCUCAAUGGAGGAUUUCAGCCAGUCAGCAUCAAGACAACUCGAACAGCAGAGCUUCUGACAGCUCCCCCAGACCUAACUUCGGCAGCAGCCAUGUACCGCAGCCCUGUAUACGCACUCCAUGAUGUGUCGGACAAGAUUCCCAUGACCACCUCGCCACUGCUUGACCCUCUGCCCAACCUGAAAAUAAAGGUUUACAAUUCAUCUGGCCUGGUCACACCACAGGAGGAGUUCUCUGACUUGAGUUCCAAGUUUUCCCCGAAGCCCACACAUGCGCUUCUGGAUGCCGAGACCAUGAAUCUCCGUAACCAAAGCCUGGCUCGAACCGGCGACCCCUCCUGCACCGCCCUAGGGUCCUUCAACUCACUGGGAGGACAUCUCAUUGUGCCCAACUCAGGAGUGAGUUUGCUGGUGCCAGCAGGAGCUAUCCCUCAAGGCAGGGUGUAUGAGAUGUUUGUUACGGUCCACAGGAAGGAGGCCAUGAGACCCUCAGUAGAAGGCACACAGACGAUCCUGAGUCCAGUGGUGAGCUGCGGGCCCCUAGGUGCCCUCCUGACCCGCCCUGUCGUUCUCACCAUGCACCACUGUGCAGAGGCUUUCAGUCAAGACUGGCACAUCCAGCUGAAGAACCAGGUGUCCCAGGGUCAGUGGGAGGACAUGGUGGUGGUGGGAAAGGAGAACUUUACUACACCGUGCUAUAUCCAGAUGGAUGCAGAGGCUUGCCACAUUCUGACAGAGACUCUGGGAACCUACUGCCUGCUGGGCCAGGCUGUCAGCAAGGCUACAGCCAAGCGCCUCAAACUGGCUGUUUUCGGGCCUCUUACCAGCACCAUCCUGGAAUACCACAUCCGGGUCUACUGUCUGGACGACACCCAGGAUGCCCUCAAGGAGGUCCUGCAAAUGGAGAAGCAGAUGGGAGGGAAGCUGCUGGAUGAACCAAAGACCUUGACCUUCAAGGACAGCAGCCACAACCUUCGGCUUUCUAUCCAUGACAUUCCGCAUGCACUGUGGAAGAGCAAGCUACUUGCCAAGUACCAGGAGCUGCCUUUCUCCCAGGUAUGGAGCUGCUCCCAGCGCAGCCUGCAUUGUACCUUCACUCUGGAGCGCUUCAGCAGCAGCACGACUGAACUCGCCUGCAAACUGUGCGUGCGGCAGGUGGAAGGAGAAGGCCAGAUCUUCCAGCUCAAUACUACUUUGUCAGAGGACACCCAAAGCAUUGACACAUCACUCCUGGAUCCAGCCAGCAGUAUCACCACAUUAGUGGGCCCCACUGCCUUCCGUAUUCCACUCCCUAUCCGCCAGAAGCUGUGCAGCAGCCUGGACGCCCCUCAGAUGCGGGGCAAUGACUGGAGGAUGCUGGCACACAAACUUAACCUGGACAGGUACCUGAACUACUUUGCCACCAAAUCGAGCCCUACGGGUGUGAUCCUGGACCUGUGGGAGGCUCAGCACUUUCCAGACGGGAACCUGAACCAGCUGGCUGCUGUACUAGAGGAAAUGGGACGAAACGACAACAUUGUGCCCUCAGCAGUAGAGCACUGACGCACCUCUAGGACGUGUGUCCAAGGAUUCUCACCU